GUCCAAUGAGGCACGUAGCUGGAGCGCACAGGACGGCUUCCGGGCCUUGGCGGGGCCUUUGUGUCUGGCCGCGGCCGGAGCUCGGUGUCGCCUCCUGGCUUCCCUGUGUCCUCUGCUCCUGGAGGCCCCGCCUCUGUGUCCCUGUGCCCUGCAGGUACUGGGGGAUGCACAGCUAAGACGCCGGGACCCCUGGCAGGCUGGAAAUGGAACCACUGACAUUUAGGGAUGUGGCCAUAGAAUUCUCUCUGGAGGAGUGGCAAUGCCUGGACACCGCACAGCGGGAUUUAUAUAGGAAUGUGUUGCUAGAAAACUACAGAAAUCUGGUCUUCCUGGGUAUUGCUGUCUCUAAGCCAUAUCUGAUCACCUGUCUGGAGCAAAAGAAAGAGCCCUGGAAUAUGAAGAGAUGUGAGAUAGUAGCCAAACCCCCAGUUAUGUGUUUUCAUUUUGCCCAAGACCUUUGGUCAGAGCAGAACAUGAAAGAUUCUUUCCAAAAUGUGACACUGAGAAGAUGUGGAAAAUGUGGGCAUGAGAAUUUGCAGUUUAAAAAAGGCUGUAAAAGUGUGGAUGAGUGUACGGAGCACGAAGGAGGUUAUAGCAGAGUUAACCAAUGUUUGACAGCUACCCCAAGCAAAAUACUUCUGUGUAAUAAAUACGUGAAAGUCUUCCAUAAAUUUUCAAAUUCAAAUAGACAUAAGAAAAGACAUACUGGAAAUAAACAUUUCAAAUGUAAAGAAUGUGGCAAAUCAUUUUGCAUGCUUUCACAACUAACUCAGCAUAGAAGAAUUCAUACUAGAGUGAAUUCUUACAAAUGUGAAGAGUGUGGAAAAGCCUUUAACCAGUCCUCACAGCUUUCUAGACAUAAGAUAAUUCAUACUGAAGAGAAACCCAACAGAUGUGAAGAAUGUGGCAAAGCCUUUAAACUGGACUCACACCUUUCUUUACAUAAAAGAAAUCAUACUGGAAAGAAACCUUACAAAUGUGAAGAAUGUGGCAAAGUCUUUAGUCAGUCCUCACACCUUACUACACAAAAGAUACUUCCUAGUGGAGAGAACCUCUACAAAUGUGAAGAAUGUGGAAAAACUUUUAAACUAUUCUCAAAUCUUACUAACAAUAAGAGAAUUCAUGCUGGAAAGAAACCCUACAAAUGUAAAGAAUGUGGCAGAACUUUUAACAUAUCCUCAAACCUUAAUAAACAGGAGAAAAUUUACACUGGGGAGAAACUCUACAAAUGUGAAGAAUGUGGCAAAACUUUUAACCAAUCUUCAAACCUUACUAAACAUAAGAAAAUUCAUACUGCAGAGAAAUCCUACAAAUGUGAAGAAUGUGGCAAAGCCUUUAACCAGUCCUCAACUCUUAUUAUUCAUAAGAUAAUUCAUACUGGAGAGAAACCCUACAAAUGUAAACAAUGUGGCAAAGCUUUUAACCAAUCUUCAAACCUUACUAAACAUAAAAAAAUUCAUACUCCAGAGAAAUCCUACAAAUGUGAAAAAUGUGGCAAAGCUUUUAGCCAACCCUCAAACCUAAUUAACCAUAAGAAAAUUUAUACUGGAGAGAAACCAUACAAAUGUGAAGAGUGUGGAAAAGCUUUUAAUCGAUCCUCAACCCUUACUAGACAUAAGAAACUUCAUACUGGAGAGAAACCCUACAAAUGUGAAGAAUGUGGCAGAGCUUUUACCCAGUCUUCAAACCUUGCUGAACAUAAGAAAAUCCAUACAGGAGAGAAACCCUACAAAUGCGAAGAAUGUGGCAAGGCCUUUAACCGAUUCUCAACUCUUACUAAACAUAAGAGAAUUCAUACUGGAGAAAAACCCUAUAAAUGUGAAGAAUGUGGAAAAGCUUUUAAUCAGUCCUAUCAACUUAGUAGACAUAAGAUAAUUCAUACUAAAGAGAAAUUCAAAGAAUGUGAAGAAUUUGGCAAGGCCUUUAAACAGUCCUCACACCUUACUCUACAUAAAAGUAUUCGUACUGGAGAGAAACCCUACAAAUGUGAAGAAUAUGGCAAAGUCUUUAACCAGCCCUCACAUCUUACUACACAAAAGAUAAUUCAUACCGGAGAGAAACUCUACAGAUUGGAAGAACAUGGAAAAGCUUUUAGCCUAUUCUCAAACAUUACUAACCAUGAGAGAAUUUAUACUGGAGAGAAACCCCACAAGUGUGGAGAAUGUGGAAAGGCUUAUAACCGAUUCUCAAACCUUACUAUACAUAAGAGAAUUCAUACUGGAGAGAAACCUUACCAAUGUGCAGAAUGUGGCAAAGCCUUUAACUGCUCCUCGACUCUUAAUAGACAUAAGAUAAUUCAUACUGGAGAGAAACCUUACAAAUGUAAAGAAUGUGGCAAAGCUUUUAACCUGUCCUCAACCCUUACUGCACAUAAGAAAAUUCAUACCGGAGAAAAACCUUAUAAAUGUGAAGAAUGUGGCAAAGCUUUUAACCAAUCCUCAAACCUUACUACACAUAAGAAAAUUCAUACUUCGGAGAAACCCUACAAAUGUGAAGAAUGUGGCAAAUCCUUUAACCAGUUCUCAUCUCUUACUAUACAUAACAUAAUCCACACUGGAGAGAAACCCUACAAAUGUGGAGAUUAUGGCAAAGCUUUCAACCUAUCCUCAAACCUUACUACGCAUAAGGAAAUUCAUACUGGAGAGAAGCCCUACAAAUGUGAAGAAUGUGACAGAACUUUUAAUUCAUCCUAAAAACUUAAUGCACAUAAGAACAUUCAUACUGGAGAGAAACUCUUCAAGUAUGAAUAAUGUGGUAAAGCCUUUAACCAGUCUUCUUUUCUACACAGAAGAUCUUUUAUACUGGUGAGAAACUCUACAAAUGUAAAGAAUGUGGCAAAGCUUUUAACUUACCUUCAAAUCUUACUGAACGUGAGAAAAUUCAUACUGUAGAGAAUCCUACAAAUGUAAAAACUGUGGCAAAGCCUUUAACUGGUCUUCAACUUUUACUAAACAUAAGGUAAUUUAUCCUGGAGAGAAGCCAUACUAAUGAGAAGAAUGUGGCAAUGCCUUUAAUCAGUCCUUACACCUUUCUACACAAGAUAAUUUAUACUGGAGAGAAACUACAAUUGUGAAGAAUGUGGCAAAGCUUUUAACCAAUCCUCAUACCUUACUAACCAUACAUACGGGAGAGAAACGCUGCAGUUGUGAAGAAUGUGGCAAAGCUUUUAACCUAUCCUCAAUCUUUACUGCAGAUAGGAAAGUUCAUAUUGGAGAGAAACCCUACAAAUGUGAAGUCUGUGGCAGAGCCUUUAACUAGUUCUCAACCCUACAUAUAAGAGUAUUUAUAUUGGAGAGAAACCCUGCAAACGUAAAAAAUGUGGCAGUACCUUUAAGUGGUCCUCACACCUUGCUACAUGUGACACAAUUUAUACUUGAGAGAAGCUCUGAAAAUACGAAUAAUAUGGCAACAUUUAACCAAUCUUCAAACCUCAAUAAACAUAAGAUAAUACUGAAAACGUCAAACACCUGAAAGAUGUGACAAUAGUUUUGACAACACCUCAAACUUUCUAACAUAAAUCAUACUGGUGACAAAUUCCUAGAAAUGUGAAAAAUUUCACAGAGCCUUUAAAUGGUUGUCACAGUUGAUUGUAGGUAAGAUAAUCCAUACUGAAGAAAACUAGAAGUGUAAAGAAUGUGGCAGCAUUUCUAAUGAAUGCUCCGUAUUGCACAGGAAAACAUUUAUACUUCAGAAAGAUUGUACAAAUGUAAGGAAUGUGGAAAAGCCAAUAAUAUCUGCUCACAUCAGCUGGGCGCAGUGGCUCCUGCCUCUAAUCCCAGCACUGUUGGUGGUCAAAGUGGGCAGAUCAGGAGGUCUAGAAAUUGAGACCAUCCUGGCCAACAUGGUGAAACCCCAUCUAUACUAUGAAAAAAAGAUUAGCUGGGUUUGGUGUUGCGUGCCUGUAGUCCCAGCUACUCAGGAGGCUGAGGCAGGAGAAUUGCUUGAACCCAGGAAACGGAGGUUGCAGUUAACUGAGGUCGUGCCACUGCACUUUAGCCUGGGCAACAGAGUGAGACUCCAUCUCAAAGAAAUAUCUGCUCACAUCUUACUCAACAUUAGAGAGUUAGUACUUAAUAAAAAUGCAGUUUUUGUCUAGAUCUUUCAGAAAAUACAAGCCUUUAAAGUGAAGAAGAGGAACUGGGUGUGCUGGUGUGGCACACAUGUAAUGCAUGUAAUGCCAGCACUUUGGGAGGCCAAGGGGGUGCCUCAGGUCAGAAUCAGGUCAGGACCUCAAAUUCCUGAGUUUGAGACUUGCCUGGCCAACAUAGUGAAACUGUGUCUCUACUAAAAAUACAAAAAUUAGCUGGGUGUGGUGGCAGGCCCCUGUAAUCCCAGCUACUUGGGAGGCUGAGAUAGGAGAACUGCUCAAACCUGGGAGACGAAGGUUGCAGUGAGCUGGGGUCACACCACUGCACUCCAGCCAGGGCUGCAAGAGCAAAAACCUUUGUCUCAAAAAAUACAAAGUAUUCAUUUUGAGGACAAACGUUACAAAUAUGAAUAGGGUUGUAGUACCUUUACUUGUAUCACAGAUAUAUUGUACUAUUUUGUACUGGAGGAAAACCCUGAAGCAGUUGCUCAAACUUUGUUCAACACCAGAAAAUUUAUACUGGAGGAAAAACUCUCCAAAUAUAAUGCAUUUGGAAAAACAUUUUUUAAAAAAACUACAGCUUAGAAAAUACUAGAGGCUGAUGGGGAGGAAGGCAGGAAAUCACACUGCCAUGUGUGUACCUAUGCAAUAAUCUUGCAUGUUCUUCACAUGUACCCCAAAGCCUAAAAUGCAAUAAAAAAAAAAAACAGAGCCCUCAUACUAAAAUAUAUUUUUGCAAAUGCAGUAAAUAUAAAAAUCAAAAAUUAAGACUGUAAAUAUCAGCGAAUUCAGGCGUGGCACGAUGGCUCACGCCUGUAAUCCCAACACUUUGGUAGGCCAAGGUGGGUAAAUAACUUGAGAUCAGGAGUUCAAGACCAGCCUGGCCAACAUGGUGAAACCGUGCUUCUACUAAAAAUACAAAAUUAGCUGGGCGUGGUGGCAUGCACCUGUAAUCUCAGCUACUCAGGAUGCUGAGGCAGGAGAAUCACUUGAACCCGGGAGGCAGAGGUUGUGGUGAGCCUAUGAUGACAUUGCAUUCUAGCCUACAGACAAGACUCCCAUCUCAAAAAAAAAAAAAAAGAAUUCACAGUAGAAAUAUCAUCUAAGGUACUGACACUUCAGACAUUGCACUUAAACAGAAUGCCGAGAAUAGAAAAUAAUUUAAAACUUAAGUUGGUAGUUAAAUUGUAUAUAACCUUAAAAGAAGUAGAACAUUUUUUGUAGAUUUAUAAUUACCUUCAAAUUAUAUUUUUCUCUUGAGAAAAUUGUUUUUGAAAAGCAAAUAUGUAAUUCAACUCUCAAAUCGCUUAAUGCUGUUUAUUCCUCUUGUGUUCAUAUGUGAAAGCAUGUGAUAAUUAAUUGUUCCUGCAUCAGAGAUAAGAAGUCAUUUCUGUUAGGUGGGCAUUAGUCAGGAUACUUUCUAUGAAAGAGUAAGGACAUUACUGUAAGAUGCAUGAUAAAAACCUGUGGAGAGAGGCUCUUUGUGUUUAACUUACAGUAUUGAGUGGUCCAUGAGGAAGGCAUUCAGAGUGCUAUUCUUCUGCAUUAUAGUAAGAAAACAUUAUUUUUAAUCUUAGUUAAGAUUAAUUUGUAAUAUAUCAUUUUACUUAUUGUACUUGUAUGUAAUAAAAUGCGUUAUGUUUAAAACUUUUUAAA